AUGUUAACUUUAAAGCUGAUUAAUGGAAUUUUGUUAACCAAUGCUAUGAAGUUGCAUAAAGUGGACAGGGAGGUGAUGGCCUACUGGUACUGUUGCUGGACUAUUGAUCCAGAGACUCAGAAAUACCACAAGGAUUGUGAGGAUGCUGUUAACAAGCAGAUCAACCUGGAGCUCUAUUCCUCCUAUGUUUACCUCUCCAUGUUCUCUUACUUUGACCGGGAUGAUGUUGCCCUGCGUCACUUUGCUGAGUUCUUCAAGGAGCAGUCCCAUGAGGAACGGGAACACGCUGAGAAACUGAUGGCAUUCCAGAAUAAACGUGGAGGCCGAGUCCUCCUGCAGGAUGUCAAGAAGCCAGAGCAGGAUGAGUGGGGCAAUGGUCUGGAGGCAAUGCAGAGAGCUCUGCAGAUGGAGAAGGAUGUGAACCAGAGUCUGCUGGAUCUGCACAAACUCUCCUCUGGCCACACAGACCCUCAUCUGUGUGACUUCCUGGAGAGGCACUACUUGGAUGAGCAAGUGAAGAUGAUCAAGAAGCUGGGAGAUCACAUCACCAACCUGAAGAGACUGGGAGCCCCUGAGAAUGGCCUGGGAGAGUACCUGUUUGACAGGCUCACCCUGGGGGAGAGUGACUGAACUGACUGCAGGG